GCCAGGGACGAGCGGGCAGCCGCCGAUCGCUGGUUGACGGGCAUGCUGCCCUCGGCGCAGGCGCCCGGCGAGGCACUUGCCCUGUGGCGCGCGCCUGUGCAGGCAGAGCGCGCGGCCAAGAGGCUGACUAGGAAGCUGUACCCAGACGGAUCGGUGCUGCAAAUCUCCAUGGAGCACGCG